CUCCCCCACCCCAGUCUCCAGAACUUCAGUCAGAUUUAGGGAAAAUAGCCAGUCUUCAGAGGGACAGUCUGAGACCACACUAUCUCCACUCAGCAGCCCAGUGGAAGAUAAACGACCAUGUUUUCCAAUGGGGAAGGAACUGUAGCUGCUGGAAAAAGGAAGGUAUGUCUUCUCUCAUUGCUGCUUGUUGGCCUCUGGGGCUGUGCAACCUGCCACUGGAACCCUGUGGGGGACAUCUGUACAGCCAAGCCCCGGGACAUUCCAGUGAAUCCCAUGUGCAUUUACCGCUCACCAGAGAAGAAGGCAGCUGAGGAGGAAGUCCCAGAGCAGAAGAUCCCUGGGGCUACCAACCGGAGAGUGUGGGAACUGUCCAAAGCCAACUCUCGUUUUGCCACUGCCUUCUAUCAACACCUGGCCGACUCCAAGAAUGACAAUGACAACAUUUUUCUGUCACCCCUGAGUAUCUCCACAGCUUUCGCUAUGACUAAACUGGGUGCCUGUGACAAUACCCUCAAGCAGCUGAUGGAGGUGUUUAAGUUUGAUACCAUCUCUGAGAAAACGUCUGAUCAGGUACACUUCUUCUUUGCCAAACUGAACUGCCGACUCUAUCGAAAAGCCAACAAAUCCUCUGAGUUGGUAUCUGCCAACCGCCUUUUUGGAGACAAAUCCCUCACCUUCAAUGAAACCUACCAGGACAUCAGUGAGGUGCUAUAUGGAGCCAAACUCCAGCCCCUGGACUUCAAGGGAAAUGCAGAGCAGUCCAGAGUGACCAUCAACAACUGGGUGGCCAACAAGACCGAAGGACGUAUCACUGACGUCAUUCCCCCAGAAGCCAUCAAUGAGCUUACUGUCCUGGUGCUGGUUAACACUAUUUACUUCAAGGGCCUAUGGAAGUCAAAGUUCAGCCCUGAGAACACAAGGAAGGAACUGUUUUACAAGGCUGAUGGAGAGUCAUGUUCAGUAUCUAUGAUGUACCAGGAAGGCAAGUUCCGCUAUCGGCGUGUGGCAGAAGGCACCCAGGUGCUCGAGUUGCCCUUCAAGGGUGAUGAUAUCACCAUGGUCCUCAUCCUGCCCAAGACUGAGAAGAGCCUGGCCAAGGUAGAGCAGGAACUCACCCCAGAGGUGCAGCAAGAGUGGCUAGAUGAGCUGGAGGAGAUGGUGCUGGUGGUCCACAUGCCCCGCUUCCGCAUUGAGGACAGCUUCAGUGUGAAGGAGCAGAUGCAAGACAUGGGCCUUGUGGACUUGUUCAGUCCUGAAAAGGCCAAGCUCCCAGGUAUUGUUGCAGAAGGCCGGAAAGAUCUCUAUGUAUCAGAUGCAUUCCAUAAAGCAUUUCUUGAGGUAAAUGAGGAAGGCAGUGAAGCAGCAGCGAGCACCGUCAUCGGGAUUGCUGGCCGUUCGCUGAACCCCCACAGGGUGACUUUCAAGGCCAACAGGCCCUUUCUGGUUCUUAUAAGGGAAGUUGCUUUGAACACUAUUAUCUUCAUGGGCAGAGUAGCCAAUCCUUGUGUUAACUAAAGUGGUCUUAUUUUUUGCACUUAUUGCUAUUUUGGUUUGUGUAAAAUAGAAGUAAAAAUAAAUAAAACUACUUCCAUCUCA